UGUCGUUUCGUGGCGUAUGGGGGGAUGCUCGUGCGCCCCGCGACCUGUGACACUGUUUUGGGAGCCGUAGUUGUCCCGGCGACGAUUCACCCUUAGCCUCGUUUCCGUUAAUUGAGUGAUCCAACAUAGGCGAUUACCACUACGACUACUCCAUCCAGUCACCAUAAGUCUUGGUCUGCUUGUUCGCUUGCUUGCACGUAACCCAUCCCCCCAAAGCUUCUCUCUCUCUCUCUCAAGAAGGUCGUCGAUGGGACCGAGCGCCGAACCUCGCGGUACACCGGUCGACCGAAACAAUUUGGACAGCAGGAACACUCCUAUCCUGCGACCGCACGAGGAUGAGGACUCGUUUCCAGUGCUUUGCGACAGGGAGCUGCACUCGCUGCACCGAAACGUCCCGGCGCUCAGGCGUCGCGACGUCGACACGGCCACCAUCAAGCAGCACUACUACCCCGAAGGCGGAUGGGGUUGGUUGGUGUGCGGGGCCGCAUUCCUGGCGCACCUGUUGACUUCCGGGCUGCAGUUGGCCUUCGGACUCCUCUACAUCUACACCAUCAAGUUCCUGGUCAAGAGGCAGCAGCAGCAACAGCAGCAAGAUUCUUCGCCUGCGGCCGCGACGUCCACUUCCCUCGACGGCGUCUCCAUCCACCACGAUUUCUACGUGAUGGCAACAGCUUGGAUGGGUGCCCUCUGCCUGUGCGUGUCCUUUGCUGCGUCGCCGAUAGUUGUAGCAGUUUGCAGAAGAAAAUCGACUAGAUUGGCGUCGGUGUUCGGUGGGCUGCUGUUGGCACUCGCCUGUCUCUUCACCUCUUUCGCGAUGCAAUUCCACCAGGCGGUGCUCAGCUACGGAGUGGUGCUGGGGGCGGGCGCCGGCAUCGUCCGAGAGACCUCCUCUCUGAUGUUGGGACAUUACUUCAAGAGACGCCGGGAAUUCGUCGAGAUGGUGGCGCAGGCUGGGACAGGCGUCGGCGUCGCACUCUUCUCCGUUCUCUACAAGGAGGCGGUCGGGAAAUUAGGCUGGAGGCUCGGUCUGCAGGCGGUUACCGGUCUUCUGUCGCUUGCCUUCUUCCUCCCCAUCGUCUACCGAUCAGCGAAUCUCUAUCAUCCGCAGCGAAGGGCCAUCACCCACCUAAAGAACCAACGAAAGAAGAUGAAGGAGAAGAAGACGCACGCGAAGGUCAAGAAGCCGCCGAUGUUUGAUUUCACGCCGCUCAAGAGUCGCGGAUUGCGCGUUCUCAUCCUAGCGAGCAGCUCGGCCGCGCUUGGCAUCUACGCACCGAUCUUCUAUCUGUCGUUUCAAGGCUACAGAGAGGGUUUGGAGGAUAGCGCUCUGGUGCUUCUUCAGACGUUCCUCGGUUUAGCAUCAGCGUUGGGCUGCGUGGGUUUCGGACUCGUUACCGUUAAGCCGAGUCGGCAGUGCCUCAUCUCGAGACAGUACCUGUGUCAAGCCGCUCUCGUCGGAAUCGGUCUCAGUCUGCUGGCUUUGAGCGCCGUCCAAGGUUACCACGGCUACGUCCUCUUCGUGUGGCUGUACGGCGUCUGCCUGGGCGGAUACAACUACUCGAUCAAGAUGUACACGCUGGAGAGGAUCAGGGCAAGGCACUACACCAAAGCGUGGAGCUUCAUCCAGGGUGCCCGUUCGAUCCCGGUGCUGAUCGGCGUCCCUAUCGCCGGAUACAUCAAUCAAACCCAUCCCAAGGCCGGCUACUACUUUAGCUUCGUCGCGUCUAUAGUCGGAGCGUGCUUGCUUUUCCUGGUCGGCACCAGGAAGGACCAACAGCUGCAGCAGCAGCAGCAACAGAGGCCUCCGUCUCCGUCUGCUCUUUCCGCCGGCGGCUUCCUCGACGAGUGCAACUGCCCGCUGGGAGCGGCCGCUCCUCCCUAUCAUCCCCAUCAUCUGGACCACAUCUCCUACAACUACUACAGACCCGUGAGCGUCGCCGGCAACCACCAUUACGAGCGUCUCUUCGCCACCUACGAACCGUCCUACGACAAGGGCGGCGGUUUGCACAGGCACGCCUCGUCUUCGUUUCGUCACCACAGGCCGGACCAUAGCAGCCGCAUCCAUCAGCAGUACCUGCCGAAGAGUCUAAGCUACGCAGCGAACAUCGAGUGUCCUCCGACCACCUACUACAUCCACGACUACCAGCAGCAACAGCAGCAGCAGCAGCAUCCGGCCUACAGGAAUCUGCUGAGACCGAGCAAGAGCGUACCCGAGGGUCUCGCGCGCACCGACUACUACUACCACCAUCACCACCACCGGAGGCCUCCAGCCGUACGCAACGUUCAGGUCAUCGAACAGAUCACAACGUCCGUUUGAAAACGGACGACGUAAUUAAUUAAACCCAUCAUUCUAGUCACAAAUCAUCCAACGCCACACAUCCUCUCGCAAUAAGUUUCGUGAUUGAAUUGAACGCCAAAAUUGCGAAUGCGAAACUACCCUUCCUCUCAUCAUCAUCAUCAUCAUCAUCAUCCACCCUAAAUCGCUCAACUAAUCAAUUAAUUACACUUCAACUUUGGAGUAAAUUCGUGCACAUCGUGCGCUCGUACCGCUCAAUUAUCAUCGCAUUACGUUCGCGAAUUUCACCAACUUUGCAAAAUUUCAUUAUUUUUCCAGAUCAUUUCUUUUAUUGUCUCAACUAUCGAGUUCCGCAAAUUCGUGCCAACGCAGCGAAUAUUGCAUAUAUAAUUAAUUCACUGCCAAUUAAUUUAUAAUCAACGCUUCCUGGUUCAUCGUCAGGCCGAGUCUGCAUUUUUUUUUUUGUUUUAAAUUAACUACUAUUCAUUAAAAAGAAGGAAAGAAAAAAUAACUCGGACCAGAGUUGCCAAAACUCUCUCGAAAUGAAAACACAAAAAA